AUGGCUAAACGUUUGAGAUUUACUCUUGGAUGGGAAUCUCCAUCAAACUCGAAUACGCAAGAAGAGGUGGCAUUUGCAUUGGUCUCGAAGCUAAAAGAAGCAUGGUGGAGACUCCCAGGAUGGAGAAGAAGCGGUGUCGGUGUCGAAUGCCCUGGUUCAGUGAUGGCAUGCCGGAAAAGCUACCAUGGCACUCAUUGCAGAUAG